CUCUCGGUGGCCGUCCUCCUGGCAGUGACAGUCACGGGGGCCAUCCUCUUCAUGAACCACUACCACACACCAGUCACCGAGUCACCCCCUGUCAUCAGCACCAACCCUGAGGAAGCCAACGCUCUGGUCACCAUCGAGAAAGCCGACAGCUCCCGCAUCAACAUCUUCAUCGACCCCAACUGCCCCGACGCGUCGGGCACCUUUGGGCGCCUGGAGGGGCUGCAGACCUCCCUGCUGCGUGCUGUCACUGACCACGACGCUGAAGCCAAGGCCACCAAGAGCCAGCAGAAGGCCCUGCUGGUCACCGUGGCAGAUGAGGUGGCCAAGCUGCUGACACACGCCAUGCAGCUGCGUGCUGACUGUGACAGCCUCAAGAAGGGGCACAGUGCCAUGGGGCAGGAGCUCAGCGCCCUGCAGGGAGAGCAGGGUAGGCUCAUCCAGCUGCUCUCAGAGAGCCAGACCAACAUGGCUCGGCUGGUGAGCUCCGUCAGCGACGUCCUCGACACGCUGCAGAAGGAACGUGGUGGUGCCCGGCCCCGGCUCAAGGCUGACCUGCAGCGAGUGCCAGCCAGGGGAGCGCGGCCCCGGGGCUGCUCCAACGGCUCCCGGCCCCGAGACUGCUUUGACAUCUAUGCGAGUGGACAGCAAGAGGAUGGGAUUUACUCCAUCUUCCCCACACACUAUCCCUCCGGCUUCCAGGUCUACUGUGACAUGACAACUGAUGGGGGCGGCUGGACGGUGUUUCAGCGGCGGGAGGACGGCUCCGUCAACUUUUUCCGUGGCUGGGAAGCCUACCGGGAUGGCUUUGGAAAGCUGACAGGAGAGCACUGGCUAGGGCUGAAGCGGAUCCACGUGCUGACGGUUCAGGGCAGCUAUGAGCUCCGCAUCGACCUGGAGGACUUUGACAAC